AUGAUAGCCAUAUGUUUUCUCCUGGCUAUCGUGGCGCUGGCACUGUACCUCCGCAAUGUCUACUCAAAAUUCUCCAACGAGGGCAUCAACCACCUCCCCAUCAUCCCGGUCUUCGGGAACCUAUUCUGGGCAUUAUUCAGCUUAGAAAACAUCACCGAGUUGAUGGCAAGGUUACGCUCGACAUUUCCAGAUGACAAAGUGGUGGGAUUAUACGAACUGUUAAAUCCUAUAUACAUUGUGCAAGAUGUAGACACCAUUAAAAAAGUCACCAUCAAAGAUUUUGACCACUUCGUUGAUAGACGAAGUUUCGUCAGUGAGUUAGACCCUACCUUCGGAAGAAGUCUAAUCAAUCUUAAAGGUGACGAAUGGAAAGAAAUGCGUUCCACGCUAAGUCCAGCGUUUACCAGCUCCAAGAUUCGUCUGAUGGUGCCUUUUAUGGUCGAUGUUGGAGAAGAAAUGAUUAAGGUUCUUAGCAAAAGAAUUAAUGAUUCUGAAAGUCAAAACAUUGACGUCAAUACUAAAGAUCUCACCACCCGGUAUGCAAACGACGUGAUUGCUUCAUGUGCUUUCGGCUUAAAAGUGGACUCUCAGUCUGUGGACAGCCCUUUCUAUGUGAAAGCCAAAGAUGUUGUCACAUUCGGUGUAUCGAAAAUGAUGAAGAUUUUCUUCUUCAGAUGUCUUCCAACACUUGCUAAUAUGAUGAAAAUGUCGUUGUCUUCACCCGAGACCUCCGGUUUCUUCACAGACGUGGUACUGUCCACUAUAGAGGAACGUGAGAAAAAUAAAAUCAUCAGACACGACAUGAUCAACAUUCUCAAUGAGAUAAAGAAAGGAAACUUGAGACAUGAUGAACACACAAAUGUUGACAGUGGCGCCGGUUUUGCUACGGUGGAAGAGUCAAAUAUUGGCAAAAAAUCGCACAAUAGAGAUUGGUCAGACAACGAUUUGGUAGCACAAGCAGUUAUAUUUCUCUUGGCUGGCUUCGACACAGUUUCAACGGCAAUGACAUUCAUUAUUCAUGAACUGGCUUUAAAUCCUGAUGUACAAGAGAAGUUGGUACAAGAAAUAAAAGAAUAUGAUCAGAAGAACGGUGGUCAGUUGGAUUUCACAUCAAUACAGAGUAUGAAGUAUAUGGAUAUGGUUGUGUCAGAGGGUAUGCGCCUGCAUCCCCCCGCUCCGUUCCUAGAGAGACUAUGCGUGAAAGACUACAAUUUUGGCAGAGUGAACAAAGCCGCAACUAAAGACUUAAUAGUCCGCAAGGGUACAGCUGUUGGAUUCCCGAUUUACGUUUUCCACCGCAACCCACAACUCUUUCCUGAUCCCCUUAAGUUUGACCCUGAGCGUUUCUCCGACGAAAACAAACACAACAUAAAACCUUUUUCUUACAUGCCUUUUGGACUGGGACCAAGAAAUUGCAUCGGUUCUCGUUUUGCUCUCUGUGAAGUCAAGGUGAUGCUUUAUCAACUUAUUCGUAAAAUCAAAGUGAGUCCCUGCGAAAAAACUGCAAUUCCUCUUGAAUUAUCCAAAGGAUUUCUAAUAGACAUUCAUAAUGGCGCGUGGGUUCGAUUCGAACUUAGACAAGACUAA